UAAAAAUACAAAUAUUUAUGCAGGGGACGAGGCUGGUUUUGUCCCCAGUACUGCACCCAAAAGCGACCGGGGAAAAGAGGAAAAAUGAAAUGCGAAAAAAAAAUAAUAACAACCCGAAAAGCCUAACAAAAAAUUCACUUUUGGCAAAAAGCGAAUUUUGGCUAAAAGCAAAAAGCGGCGGGAGUCAAUGGGUUAAUCUAGUGACCAAAUUUUUCGAAAGAUGAGUCUUUUUGUGAUAAAUUGGGUAAAUCAAUCCAAAACAACUGAAAAACGCCAGGAAUUCUGCAAAAUUUGGAUUUGAGGGGUUUUUUUUAUGUGUAUUCAUAACCAGUCCCUUGGCCUUUACGCGAUCCUCAUCCCAGUCUCCCACUGGCCAGCAUCCCAAUCCAACAUGGCGGCAGAUUUCUAUUUUGUGUUACUUUUCGUUGUGUUUUGUGUCCAUUUAUUCAUUUGCCCGUUUACCAAAGUAGAAGAAAGUUUUAAUAUGCAAGCAACGCACGAUAUACUGUACCAUGGAACAAACAUUAGAGAGUAUGAUCAUUUGGAGUUUCCUGGUGUUGUACCUAGAACUUUCCUUGGUCCACUUGCUGUCUCCUCUUUUGGAUAUCCCAUUGUCAUGCUUCUUAAGGCUGCAAACACAUCAAAAUUAUGCGUGCAGCUUGCAGUGCGCUUUUGUCUUGGAUUGCUUUCCCUGCUCGCCUUUUCAAAGUUCAGGAGCUCUGUUUCACUCAGGUUUGGAAAGGAUGUUGGAAACUUCUUAGCGGUCAUUACUGCUACACAGUUUCACUUUUUGUUCUACAUUUCAAGACCACUACCAAACAUCUUUGCUCUUAUUUUAGUGCUUUUUGCUUUCCAGUACUGGCUUGAUCAUUGUCAUUCAAAAUUUAUUUGGACUUCAGCAUUUGCCAUUAUCAUCUUUCGAUCGGAGCUGUGCAUUUUACUGGGUCUAAUUUUACUAUUGGAGCUUGUAACGAGACGUCUAUCUCUACUCAUAGGAUUCUGUCACGCAGGUCUGGCAGGCAUUAGUGCUUUAGCCCUAACUGUUUCUGUGGAUUCAUUAUUUUGGAGAAGGUUCCUGUGGCCUGAAGGAGAGGUGCUGUGGUAUAACACAAUACAGAACAAAAGCUCAAACUGGGGUACAUCUCCUUUCCUUUGGUAUUUCUACUCUGUUCUUCCCAGAUGUUUGUUAUUUGGCCUCGUUCUAGUCCCUCUGGGGCUGUGGAGGGACAGGAGGACCUGGACACUAGCUGCACCAUGUGUUGGUUUUGUGUUCCUAUAUUCAUUUCUUCCUCACAAAGAACUUCGUUUUAUUAUUUAUGUCAUUCCUGUGUUUAAUGCAGUUGCAGCCUGUGGAUUGAGCUUCAUAAACAAGAAUGAAGCCAAAUGGAGGUCAUUUGUGUCCCUUGGGAUCAAAGUAAUUACUUGUGGGGGACUCCUCAGUAACUGUUUGGUUACAGGAUUGCUGCUGUUGAUAUCCCAUAAUAAUUACCCUGGAGGAGUGGCAUUGCAAAGACUUCACAAGCUGCUGGAGAACCAUACAGAACCGUGCCAUGUUCAUAUUUCUGUUGCUGCAGCUCAAACUGGCAUUUCUCGGUUUGGAGAAAUUAAUCCAUUAUGGAGGUAUUCCAAAACGGAAGGUCUGAUGGAAGGAGGCCCUGAAAUGCUGGUCUUCUCACACCUUCUGACCGAACCACCCUGCAUCAGAAUGGAGCGCUCGCAUUUACUACUGGACAAAGUGGAAGGAUUCGACAGAAUGGCAUUUAAUUUUAAACGUUUUCCUUUUGUUUUUCCAGUCAUGUCGACUAAAAUUUGUAUUCUGGAAAGACGGAACUGGAGAAAACCUGACAAAGAAAGGACGUGAACUUUCAUGUGAAAAUGUAGCUGAAGGGUGUGUAGAGUUAGGAAGCAGAACGAUUUAGCUUUUGGGCCUGAAAUAGAAACUAAAUAAUAUAUUAGAAUUUAUCUACAAUGUCGGCUUGUAGGUUAAUUUGCAAAAGAGGAGAUGACCCCAUUUCACGGCUUUCUACUGUUAAUUUAUAAUGCAUGGAAUGAUCAGUCAUUGUAGGAAAACCUUAAGACAAAACUACAUGGACAAUCAGUGUGCUAAAAAGCGCUAGAACGAAGAAGAGCUAUUGCUUUUCAAAUUCAUGAAUGUUAAUCCAUCGCGAGCCCCACUCCUCCCUUGCAGGUAUUUGCCGUGAAAUUAAAUUUAACAAAAUUACUAAAUGAUUUAAGAUGAAGACAACAGAACUUGAA